UAGAUGGCGACGUUCUAAACACCGGACUAGUACUCGAUUAGAUACGUGUAUUUUUUCUUUCACACUUUUAAACUCACAGUUAUGCAAAUUAUUAAUAUUCACACUGUAGCUUAGAAAUUUUUACAGUUUUCUUUAUUUUUUAUUAUUUUUAAUAUCUGCAUGGUCAAGUAUUGUAAAAUCGAGAGUAUUCGAAACUGAGUGUAAUAUUAAAUAUAUACAUUAGGCUUAGCUGAGUAAAGAAGUGACGUCACGGUACAAAAAUAAAAUGCAGUGAAUUUUAUAAUAAUUACACUAAAAUUAUAAAAAUAAUUCAACUAGAAAAUAUUUCCGUUCUCGUCCUUUUGUAGAUGGGUUGUUUUUUUUUUUUUUUUUUUUUUUUUUUUUUUUUUUUUCAGACACGAGUCUGAAGCUCGCUACAAGGAUUGAUUUUCUUAAUACUCGUGUCAGAAAAAAACCAUCUUCAAAUUUAAUGGACUCGUGCCAGAAACUGUUAUUCCGUUCCGGUCCUGUCCGCGUUUUACCAACACCCGCUUUAGUGAACAUGGUGAAUAAUGACGAGUUUGAAUGUGUGGGAAAAAAUACGUAAUAAUCUAGAGGCAUACACUAGUCCGGCGUUUAGAACAUCGCCAUGUGUAUCUGCUAAAAAUGGUUGCUAGCGUAAUUGACUGCUAGGAAUUGGUUGAUGGAUUCAGCUCGGUGUUAACAAGUUCGAAUUUGGAAAGACAACAUUUGGCAAUGUCCUUCAGUGUAUUUGAUGAUGUGACAUUGGACUAAAGAACCAGAAAAUGUCUGCUGUGGACGAAUUGAAAGGUCCUGACAAGUCAAGCGGAACUCGUGUUUCUAACUUGAUGCAGAUGUUGGAAAAAACGGGGACCAAACCUUAUAAGAAACAAAGUACAGAAGACAUACAUCAAAUAAAAUACAUCACUUCAAAACUCUACCAGAUCAUUACUUCUCAAGAUAAACUUCAUCGUGAUCUUUUUCUGAAGACAUCAAACAAUGUUGACACAUUGGUUGCCACACUGCAGAACACGGGAGACGAAGUUAUUAUGCACAAUGUUGUCAGCAUGUUCAUAGAACUGAUUGGAAAAUCACAUGUUGGAAAGCGGGCAAGUUUGCUAGUGAACCGUGGUGUGAGCACAGUUCUCUUCCACUUGCUGAAGCACUCUGCAAACGGCCCCUCCCUGCCCGAUGGUCUCCUCAUGGACAUCCACCUGGUGCUCAGCAGCAUUGGCCAUAAAGAUCGCAAGUUUGGUGUGAAGGCUCGGCUGAACAAGGCAUUGCCACUGACUCUUGGACUGAUCAAGAGUAAUCUGUCCCACCUAAAGAGCCUUCAGUUCCUCCUCCAAGUCUUCAAACUCUACACAAAUAACAGUGUGAAUGCAUCCUAUUUGGGGAAACACAACUCCAUCAAUAUACUUUUUAGAGUUAUAUCACUUUGUGGACGGAAGCAUUUAGCAGUUCUAAAACUGGCACUGGACAACCUUAACAAUCUUACAAAGUCAAAAAGUAAUUCUGCAAGAACAAUUGGCAUGGGAGGGGUGCCUACAAUUUUGUCGUUUUAUUCGGACUGGCACCAAACUGAUACCAAGCACAGACAUAUAAAUCUGAGGAAGGUGCUUCUCCAUAUACUGAAAAACAUAACAAAUCUCAGGUCAGGCCGGAAGUCGUUUGUCGAGUCUGAGGGUAUUCGGAUACUGUACGAGACAUGCCACGACUUGAUCGACUGCCGGGACAUGGAGGGCCUCAUCCUCCUGGCCAGUCUGAUAAUGCGCAAGUGCUGCCCCAGAAACAAGCUGCCCCUCAAAGACAUGAUGAGUGCCAUCGUCUACCCACUACCAGCAUCAGACUUCCACAUACCGGACUGCGGCUGUCUCACAGAUGAUCAAACUGUGGCAGCACGCCCAAUUUCAAACACAGAUGAUAGUGAUCACAGCUCUAUGGAUGAUGAUGAUGACAUAGACAGCGAUGAUGAACGUUUUCGAACAGACAACUCUGAUGAGCAAGAUGAUGAGCAAGGUGAUGGUUUAGAGGCACCAGAACAGCGUAGCUCUGUGGAGUUGAAUCAGUAUGAAAAGUUUUUCCCCGAGAUGUUUGACUUCAUGUUGGAGGCACCAAGCACCAAGAAGCAUUCAGUGUAUAUCCCAACAGCUCUCUUGGAAUCCUUCGUGGCAGCCAGUGGUGGAAACCAAGAGAGAGCCUUGCCACACAGACGCGUAAAAUCUUCAUCAAACCUCAGGGAAAUGCAGCAGCAGCCAUUAAGAAUAUUUUCUGCUAGAAGUGAUUCGGGUCACCUAAAACAGAAGAAUAGUGACGAAUCUCAGCCCGACAAAAAUCACUGUGGAAUACCAGAAAGUGAUGGCGAUAUUGAAGGCUUGAAAUCCAAAGACCUGGAAAGUGGUGCUACUGCUGUGAACUUGAAGACUGGUUCUAGUGUAUUCUCACUUGACAAUCAGUUCUCACAGUCAGCAAAGUCUUUUAGCAAAUCUGCUUCGGUUCCUCAGAAGAUGUCUUCCAAGAAGUUAAAAAGUCCCAAAAAGUCGCAGCCAACAAAAGAUAAGAAAUGCAGACGGUCUCGCCCUGAGUCCGAGUUCACUGGGGCUCUGUGCAUUACUCCGAUCCCUGUGCAGCAUGAGCUAUAUGAAUGUGGCACUUCAUCCAGCAGUACUGACGAGGGAGAGGAUGACGAAAUGGUCUACGAUUCCAGACUCCAUGUCCAGUGUGCCACACAGACAAAAAGUGCCUUUAGGUUUGAAAAGCUAGCUUAUCCUGAUCUGCACAAUGCUAAAGGCUCUGAAAUACCUGAGAAUUUCUUCCAUCGGAAGUUUGGUGUGCAAAGAGCUAAGAUAUUUGAGGAUAUUGAUCGAAUGAUCCACUGCGAGUACAUCAUCGAUAAAGUUGUGUAUGACAUGGAUCAGAUUGUGGUGCAGGCAGAAAACGUCUCCAAUCGACUCUCUGCCACUCUGUCCAACAGGGAUGAAGUUAGAGUUGGCAGACCAGAUAUUGCGUCGUCUGUGCUGCGAUUUAACUCUCAGUUUGAAUGUGGCAAUCUUCGGAAGGUGAUACAGGUGAGGGAAUUUGAGUAUGACCUGAUACUGAAUCCUGACGUGAACACCAACCACCACCACCAGUGGUUCUACUUCGAAGUGAGCAACAUGAUCGCUGAUGUACCAUACAGGUUCAACAUUGUCAACUGUGAAAAGCUCAACAGUCAGCUAAACUUUGGAAUGAAGCCGUUGCUUUAUUCUGUCGCUGAAGCAAUGGAGGGUCGGGGCAUGUGGAAACGCAGUGGGACUGACAUCUGUUACUACAAGAACCACUUCAUUCGAAGUUCUCUCACAACAGGAGGUGUCAAAGGAAAGUCGUACUAUACAGCCACUUUCACUCUGGUUUUCAAAUACAAUCGAGAUGUGUGCUACCUUGCCUACCACUAUCCAUACAGCUAUACUACUUUGAAGGUUCAUCUUCAGAUGUGGGACAUGCAGUGUGACCCGAGGUCAAUCUACUACAACUGUCAGACCCUCUGUGAGACUAUCUCUGGCAAUGCACUACCUGUAAUCACCAUUACUGCCCAGCCAAAGACUCUGGACCAAGAGAGCAUUGAAGAAUUCCGAAGCCGGCCAUACAUAUUUCUGUCAGGUCGGGUUCACCCAGGAGAGAGUAACUCGAGCUGGGUCAUGAAAGGUACAAUUGAUUUUCUGAUGAGUAAAAAGCCCCAGGCACAGCAUUUGAGAGAAUUGUUCAUCUUCAAAAUAGUACCAAUGCUGAAUCCCGAUGGAGUCAUCAAUGGCAAUCAUCGAUGUUCACUAGUUGCAGAGGAUUUGAACCGGCGAUGGCAUCGACCCUGUCCCAAGCUGCACCCUACAAUCUACCACACAAAGGGUCUGCUCAUGUAUAUGAACAUGGUGAAAAAGACACCACUGGUUUUUUGUGACUACCAUGGUCAUUCACGCAAGAAAAAUAUUUUCAUGUAUGGAUGCAGUCCAAAUAUGUCUUGGAUCUUGAAUGACACAAACAAUCCAGCCAGCUCAGGUAACAAGAUGGAUGAUUAUGCUUUCAAGACAUUGCCGAGACUUCUACAAACAAGUGCUCCAGGCUUCUCGAUUCAGAACUGUAGUUUUGUUGUCGAGAGAUCCAAAGAAACAACAGCCAGAGUAGUGGUAUGGAGGCAUAUUGGCAUCGUCCGGAGUUACACCAUGGAGAGCAGCUAUUGUGGAUGUGAUCAGGGAAAAUACAGGGAUCAGCACAUGAACACACGCAUUUUGGAAGAAAUGGGCCAAAAGUUUUGUGAAGCUCUCGUUCGAAUGUCCAAAACUUUUUUGACAUACAACAAACGUCGAAGCCUGAAAAACAGUCAAUCACUGCAAGAAUCACAUACAACUGAAUCAGUAACUGACAUUGAAGAUGAUGAGGACAUUCUUGAAAGUGUUACCACUGUCAGUGGAAGCUAUCAAGAUGAUGAAUUAAAUCUUGGGGCAACUAGUCUCUUCGAUAUGGACCUCAAUGGCUCAGACAGCGAGGAAGAUUAUGCGGAAGAUGACGAAGAGGCUAAUGAUGAAGAAAACUUGCCAUAGACGACCACCUGGUGCAUUUACAGCAAAGAUUAUACUCAUCACGUGAAAUGUACUUUGCGUUGAUAAUACGUACAAAAGGAGGGCUCAAGUCCUGAUGAUGAAACUCAUCAAAUAUACUGUGAUAAUGCUGAUGACAUACAUGUACAUACAUAUAGUGAUUUUAAUUCUAAUAUUAAAUUUUAUAAUCGGAUCUUGUACAUUUGGUGAUAUAUCGGUGUGUACAUACAUGUUAUAUUAUAUUAUACUCUCUAUCCUAAAGUGUGUUUAUUGUUGGCCAAUUGUACCCUUUUAACUUCACAUCCAACACUCUUUUGAGUUCAAAUGAACGAUUACUGACUGUCUCUAUUGUCUUUUAUUUUACAGAUUUUCAUUUCUUUACAAAUAUUAGCCAUGACUGCUGUGUAACUAUAUCGUAUGUAUAUAAAGAUUAUUAUAUGA